AUGGCACGCUCCCGGGCCGUUGCCGGUGGAGGACACGAGACACGAGACACGAGACAUGAGACGCGAAGCAUCGCGAACUUCAUCUUUGCGUCUUGUCACCCUCAGCAUGAUCCCGCUGCCACAGCCGUAUCCAUCUCGUCGCUCGUCAUCACAUCCGCCCGCCGGCGCACUUCCGUGAACAUUGUGCCCAACGCCUUUCCAGCAACUCGCGUCUCGGCCACGCGGUCCCUUGGCGACAAUGCACCCCUCGAUUUUGUGCAGGACACCGACGCCUCCGCCGCGCCCGGCCCUUCAUUUCUCCUCAAACUCUCCAACGAUGAAGAGCUGACAUUCACCUUUACAUUCGUUAUACGACAGACACCGACAUCUGCCAGCACCAUGAGCUCCACAAACGCUACAAAUGCAGCCACCGCCGGCGCAACAGCAGGGACGUCAGCCGGCGCGUCAACAGCAACGGGAGCCAGCAGCGUCACGCAAGCAUCAGCCGCUGCCAACUCUGGCGCAUCCGACGCCAAUGGGACCUCCUCUGGCACUGCCGCUGCAGCGGGUGCUGCGUCUGCCAUUGACACCGUGAUCAACGGCCUCACAUUCGUACAGGCAUCCAACUUGCGCGAGGUGGACAACCUGCUUACGCGCGAGUUCCACGCCGACCCGAACCUCCAUAAAAACUCCAAUGUAGAGCUCGUCGGAGACUUUUCCACUGGUGGCAGCCCAUCCGUGACCUUUGACUGGUCAUGGCGGUGGAAACCGCCCAAGAACUUGGAGGACAAGGGCGGUGGUUGGCGCAACUCGUGCAGCUUUGUGGAGUACAACCAGCGUGCGCAUAGCUUAAACACCCUGGCCAGCUUCUCCUUCUUCGUAUCGAGUAUGUCCUUCUCCCGCUCGAAUGUGAGACAAAAAUGGCCACGUCUUGCUAACGUUCUAGACACAAACCCUCAUCCUACACCCAGCUCGCCUACACCUCCCUUCCUCCUCAGCGCCCCGCCCAAGAUCCGCGUCGCAUCCGCACAGUCCGUCGACUCGCGCCUCAGCAGUACCAUCGAAGCGAUAGAGGAUGUACCUAACUCACCAAGGAUCGGCAUACCCGAUCCCAUCGGCGCUUCCGGAGCCACAGCGGCAGCAACUUUACAGGCACAGCCCGCACCAACUACUGCGCCGCCGCCACCUCCAGAGCCAGUCAAGGUGGACGUUUCGUGUCCUCGGCCCGGCGAUGACGUGUCUGUGGCCGACGACGGCCCUUUGUUCCGUGCAACCAUCAAGGCUCUCGAGCAAAAGACUGGAAACAUGCGCAUGCAAAUGAAGAAGGUCAUCAAGCGCGCCGAGCACGCGUAUGCGACGAUGGUGGACUCGAACGAGGCAUUUUCUUCGUUCAUUGACGCCCUGAAAGAGACGUCGUCAACCAACGCCAACGCCGUUCAGCCGGCCAUCGACCACUACUUUGACAAGAUCGCCCGCGAAAUCCUGGCGUACGAACGCCAGAACACAUUCAACCUCCAACGUAUCGUCAUAGACCCCCUGACCAAGCUGUACACCUGGGACAUCAAGCAGGCUGAGGCCAAGAAGCGCGACUUUGAAGAAGAGAGCAAGGACUACUACGCGUAUGUCGGACGCUAUCUUGGCCAGCGGCAAGACUCUCUGAAGUCUAAGAAGUUGGCAGAGAGCGACACCAAGUACCAGACCAAGCGGCGCAACUUUGAGCUCAAACGCUUCGACUACUCAUCCUUUAUGCAAGAUUUGUCAGGCGGUCGCAAAGAGCAAGAAGUGCUGUCCCACCUGACGCGCUACGCCGACGGUCAGGCCAAAUCGUUCCUCAACACAGCCAAGAAGGUUGACGUCUUGCUGCCCCAGCUAGAGGCCCUCUCCAACGAAGUCCAGCUUGCCGACAAGGAAUACCAGUACCAGCGUCGUGAGCGUGAAGAAAAGCGGCGCCUUCUUGAAAAGAGCAACGGUGCACCCAGCAACGCACCUUACGCCGACUCCGACACUUUCUCUACGGCACCAACGGUCAACAGCAAUAGCGUUGGCGUCGUCAACAACGGCACCAAUGGCGGGCAAUCAACAACCGCCACCAUCGCCAACAAUGCCAGCUCGGCGCAGUCCAACUCGGAUUCGGAGCUUGGCCGCGCCGACAGCACGGGCUCGCAACUGCGCGUUGGUGCAGCGCCUGGUACGGCCGGUGCUACGACCACGGAUCUGUCGCGGUCACCGGGCAGCUUGGGCUCUCACCACCUCUCAGUCGGCAGCCCGCCACAAAACUCCAAGUUCAAGGGCAUCCGUGACCUCGAAGAGCGCGACCCAGCUCAGACGGUCAAUCUGGAGAAGAACGGAAACCAGCGCAAGGAGGGUCUUCUGUGGGCAUUGAACCGUCCGGGCGGCCAUGUCGAUCCUCGCUCGGCACUGAAUAAGCAGGGCUGGCACAAGUUCUGGAUCGUCCUUGACCAAGGCAAGCUGUCCGAGUACAGCAACUGGAAGCAGAAGCUCGAUCUGCACAUGGACCCCAUUGAUCUGCGCAUGGCCUCGGUUCGCGAGGCACGGAAUGCCGAGCGUCGGUUUACUUUCGAAGUGAUCACGCCCCAGUUCAAGCGCGUCUACCAAGCGACGUCCGAAGAGGACAUGAACAGCUGGAUCUCGUCCAUCAACAACGCCCUUCAAAGCGCCAUGGAAGGCCGUGAGCGCUCAAGUGCGGCCCCCGUCGUACCAACCGACAACGGCUCGUCGAACUUCCCCAGCCGUGACAUUGGCUCCGUAUUCACCAAUAAAAGCACGUCUCUGACCCACGGUCACCGCGGUCGUGACGGUCACGGCAUCGGCGCUGUUGGUGGCGCCGUGGCCCAGGCCAUGUCGGGUGGUAGCAGCAGUGGCAGUGGCAACACGGGUAUCCCGACGCGGCGUAUCACCGUCGGUGGGCGGCCCAGUGCGCCCCGUGCUCCCAGCAGCAGCUACGAAGAAAAUCCGGACAAGCUGCUACAAAUGCUCCGCGACAACGACCGCGGCAACUGCUGGUGUGCUGACUGCGGGUCCGGCGCCAAGGUCGAGUGGGUGUCCAUCAACCUCGCCAUCAUCCUGUGCAUCGAGUGUAGCGGCAUUCACCGUUCGCUCGGUACCCAUAUCAGCAAGGUGCGCUCGCUUACGCUCGACAUUACUUCGUUUACCACCGAUAUUAUCGAACUCUUGCUGCUCGUCGGCAAUCGCGUCGCCAACAUGGUCUGGGAGGCCAAGCUCGAGCCGGCCGCCAAGCUCACGCCCACUGCCAACCGUGAGCAGCGUUUGCGAUUCAUCACGGCCAAGUACGUCGACCGCGCCUACAUUGAGCCCAUCAGCGCCACACUGUCUCACUACUCCACGGCCGACGAGACGUUGCUCGCCAGUGUCAAGAAAAACGACAUUCAGCACGUCAUCUAUGCGCUUGCGCUCAAGGCCAAUGUCAACGCCACCGACCUUUCACGCGGUACGCACGUCGUCUACCUUGCCCUCGCGGCCGCCGACCCGGCAUCUCCCUCUCCUACGCCGUCGCCCAUGACCACACCACGACCAGGAACGUCUGGUGCGAACGCAGGGCCGGCCAAUCCCAAGUCCAAACAGGUGCCGUUCCCUGUUGCCGAGCUCCUUUUGCAGAACGGCGCACAGAUUCCAGCUGCACUGCCAGCGUUCCCGCUCAGCCGCAGUGCCCAGCAGUACGUCGAGGCCAAACGUGGUCGUGUGGGUGGCCUGAACAUUUUAGACAACAACAGCGGCAACAGUGGAAGCAAAACUGGCAGCGGUGCUGUGGCGGGCGCCCACCCAUCGUCGACACCCUCGUCCGGCGUGGGAGCCAUGGAGCGCUUGGCCCGGGAGAAGGAGGCGCGACUACAAAAACGUGUGAGCGCCGGCGGGCGGUUAGCUAAGAGUCCGAUCCCCGAGCGGUAG